GAGAAAGAAAGAGAGAGAGAGAGAGAGAACAUCUCCUGCAGGCAAUCAGGCUGUUGAAAUUGCAGAGACAGACGGCACAAGCUGCAAGAGAGAGUGUGACUGUGUCUCGCGCGCACGCUUACACACGCAUGCUCGUGCACACACACACACACACACACUCACACACACUGGCAAGCUCUCACUCUUGAGGAGGCAAGCAGCAAGCAGCAGGUCACCUGGAGAGUCGAGGGAAAAACACUGGGCUAGAGCUGCUCUUUCCUCACGUUGUGAGCCAGCACAGCUUGGACCGGACCUUGACCGUCUCCCUGGCUUCCUCCUCCACCAACCUCCGAGCCGCUAACCUCCAGCCGGCGACCCUCACCCUCGACGCCCAGUGAGCAGAGCGGAUCUCCCAGCUGGACUCCUGCCUCCACCCGCCGCCAUGAACUUCCUACGCCGACGCCUCUCCGACAGCAGCUUCAUCGCCAACCUCCCCAAUGGCUACAUGACGGACCUCCAACGGCCGGACCCUCCUCCUCCUCCGCCACCCACGGCCGCCUCCGCCAUUGCCACCGCUGCCCCGGCCUCCCCAGUGGCCUCCGCUCCUGGUCAGGCGCCGACUCCUGCCCGGUCCCCCUCAGCCUCGCCGGCUCCGGAGCGGCGGCCCCAACCGGCCCAGUCCAGCGGCACGGGCUUCUUCAGCUCCAUCACCAACGUGGUCAAGCAGACGGCCGCCUCGGCCGGGCUGGUCGAGCAGGCGCCGGCUCCAAGUCACAAGAAGUUUAAGAUCCUGCUGGUCAUCGAUGAGCCACAACACGAGUGGGCAAAAGUCUUCCGCGGAAAGAAAGUUCAAGGAGAAUAUGACAUCAAAGUUGAGCAGGCUGAUUUUUCUGAGAUCAACCUUGUGGCUCAUGCUAAUGGGACCUGCAAUGUGGACAUGCAAGUCAUCAGGAAUGGGACUAAAGUGGUGCGGUCCUUCAAGCCUGAUUUUGUUCUCAUCCGACAACAUGCCUACAGCAUGGCAAAGAACGAGGAUUUCCGCAACAUGAUCAUUGGGCUGCAGUACGCCGGUGUCCCCAGUGUCAACUCCCUGGAGUCCAUUUAUAACCUAUGUGACAAGCCAUGGGCGUUUGCUCAACUCAUCGGCACUUGCAAGAAGCUUGGCCCUGAUAAAUUUCCACUUAUUGAGCAGACUUACUAUCCAAACCAUAAGGACAUGAUAUCCAUGCCCACGUUCCCAGUGGUGGUCAAAAUUGGCCAUGCCCAUUCUGGUAUGGGCAAGGUAAAAGUGGACAAUCAUAGUGACUUCCAGGACAUUGCUAGUGUGGUGGCUAUAACCCAGACCUACACAACCACAGAACCUUUUAUCCAUGCUAAAUAUGACAUCAGGGUCCAGAAGAUUGGAGGAGACUACAAGGCUUACAUGAGGACCUCCAUAUCAGGAAACUGGAAAUCAAACACGGGUUCUGCCAUGUUGGAACAAGUGGCCAUGACUGAUAAGUAUAAGCUGUGGGUAGAUACUUGCUCUGACAUCUUUGGAGGUCUGGAUAUCUGUGCAGUAAAAGCCAUACAUGGAAAAGAUGGGAAGGACUACAUCACUGAGGUGGUUGGAUCCUCUAUGCCUCUGAUUGGAGAGCACCAAGGUGAAGACCGGCAACUCAUUGCUGAUGUUGUUUUAGCCAAGAUGAACCAGGCAGGGAGCCGAGCCCCCGCACGCCCUCCUCAAAGGCCCAUCCCCCCAGCCCAGCCCCCAGAGGGAGCCCCAGCAAAGGAGACUGUGACGGAAACCGCCAAGAUCCCUGGGCAGCGACCACCACCACAAGGGGGGCCAGUGCAACCCCAAGAGUCGCAAACUCAGAGUAAGGAGUCUCCGUCAGAGCCAGCUCCCCGUGGGUCCUCCCCGGAACCAGCCCCACCCAAGCCGACUCCACCCCCACCCAAGCCGACUCCACCCCCCACCACUCAGCAGCCCAAACCCCAGCAGCCUAAACCCCAGGGGGCGCCCGCGCCCACACCUGCUCCAGGCAAGCCCACAGAGCUCCCUCCCAAACCGCAGUCCCCCAAGCCCCCUAAGCCAGUGCCUCCCGUUCGGAGAAACUCCAAACCUCAGCUCCAGCCAAAGCCCCAGACCCCACCUCCAGCCAAAGCCUUCCCAAAGCCAGCUCCACCUGAGGCCCAAAACCAGGCUGCAGCUCCCACUGCGGCGCCGGCUGAUCCUGGCCCGGCGCAGGUCCAGUCCCCAGCUAAACCCCAGCCCCCGCCUAAGAACAUACGGAAAGAUGAGCCACUGACUGAAGCCCCCGCUGCCACCCCACCUGCCCCUGCGGCCGCCCCAGCAGAUGCCCCAGAACCCUCUGCCGUACCCGCCGCUGCUCCAAGCCAGGAACAGCCCCCUGUUGAGGAGCAACCACAGCAGAAGUCAACUCAUCCCCUACUAAACAAAUCUCAAUCCCUGACCAAUGCCUUCAGUGCCUUUGGUGACACGUUCCGCUCCAGCAACGAGGAUGAAGCCAAGGCAGAGACCAUUCGGAACCUGAGGAAAUCUUUUGCCAGCCUGUUCUCAGACUAGUGGCUACAUCUAAGCUUAACUGACCUAUUUGUGUCCUGGUCCGAGAUUCAGUCUAUGUAAAUGUAUACGUUCUAUCUUCCCUCCUACCUGGCUAUAUGUGUGAGUAUGAAUUUGAAAUAUGGAGAGUGUUUGUACAGUAUCAGUUUGAGGUAAAAAAAAAUAUGUUUGUGUAUGUGUUUAUAAGUCCUAUUGGUCUGAACAUGGCUGUCUGUAUAAGGAAUGGAAUGUUAAUGUACUGUUGCAUGGUUACAAAACAUGGAUGGCAUCAGUGAGAGCAAAAGGAGGAGAGGUCAUGUAGAGUUAUCCUUCGUCCCUUGAUGUUGUAGCCUUAUUGUAACAGUGUGUUUUUCCAGACAUGUAACUGUGACUUAUUUUCCUUCCUUUGCCCACCCCACUCUUGCAUAUAUCUAUAGAUCAAUCUCAUAGAAUUCAGUAUAGAAACAUUAGUUCAAUAAUACCUCUCUUAAACAAGUGUCUUUUCAAUAAAGCAAUCUUUCCCAGUUCCAAGGUUCCUAUACUGUACUUAGUACUGCAGAGCUGGAGUGUUUCUUCCCAGUUCUGACUCUUCAGAGAGAUGCCCAUGUUUUAUCACCUGGCUUGGGAUCAAGUUGCUUUUACCCAUGAGUGCCAUGUAAGAGGUAGUGCCCUUGCGUAUUGUAUCGUAUUGUACGUGAGACAUCUCAGGAGUUUUUUUUCUUUAUUUUUGUAAAUGUAUUUAUCUCUGCCUCCAUACUGUUCAUGUUGUGUUCUCUUUGUACACAAUAUCUGCUUUGCAUGACUCGUUGAGGAUUGUUUCUUUUCUGUACAGGUGUCAAUAAAAGUGUGGCUCCACCAUUCUA